UUGAAAAGUCUGGAAAUAUAACCUAUUUGGCUAUAACAAAAUACAUUUUUUUAAAUGAAUAUUGAUGUAAGGAACAUUUAGGGCAUCACACCAUUGCAGGAAAAUGCACACGGCCAGCGCUUUGUUGAGAAACAGUGUGUUUUUGAAUCCUAACUUGAAGAGUUCGUCUGGUCGACUCGCUCGCAAUGUUACGCGGAUUGCAUCACAAAGUCAGAAGCCGGCGGCUCGGGGACGGGGGUCUUACUCAGGCUCGAGUGUUCUUGGUGUGAGGGACGCUCGGAUUUGCAGUUUCAGUCCGUUUUUGCCGGCUUGUAAUCGAGUGGGUAGUGUGAGGUUAUUUACUACUGGGGGUAAAGAUGACCCACCGGAGGAGGAUGGGGACGCGAAGGACGGGCCGCUGUUCUCGAGCGCGAGCCAGCUGCCUGCGACGGUGGCGGUGCCCGAGGUGUGGCCACAGGUGCCAGUCAUAGCAAUAAACAGGAACCCUGUGUUUCCUAGGUUCAUCAAGUUGAUUGAGAUUUCAAAUCCAGCUUUAAUAGAUUUAAUUCGUCGUAAAGUGAAGCUCAAUCAACCAUACGUAGGCAUCUUCUUACGUAAGAAAGAGGAUGACAAAUCAGACAUAGUGACGAACUUGGACGAUCUGCACCAAGUGGGCGUGUUUGCUCAGAUCCACGAGAUGCAAGACAUGGAUUACAAACUCCGGCUUGUGGUUAUGGCCCAUCGACGGAUAAAGAUCACCGGACAGUUUAUCGAAGAUGAGAUAGAAACUGGGCCUGCUGAAAUGAAGUUGAAAUUUCCACUGUUUAACGUUGAAUUUGACGCUACCCAUGAAGAGACUGAUGCUGAGAGGAGGCGGAGGAAGUAUCGUAACACGAGGAAAAAGCCAGAGAAGGUUGAGGAAAGCGAGGAAGAUGUAAAGGACGCCAAGAAACCCCCAACAGACCACGUGCUGAUGGUGAAAGUGGAGAAUCUGAUGCACGACAAGUUCAAGCAGACGGAGGAAGUGAAGGCUCUCACGCAGGAAGUCAUCAAAACUAUCAGGGAUAUCAUUAAUAUGAAUCCUUUGUACAGAGAAUCCCUCCACCACAUGUUGGUGCAGGGUCAGCGGGUGGUAGACAACCCGGUGUAUCUGAGCGACCUGGGGGCUGCGUUGACGGGGGCGGAGCCUAAUGAGCUGCAAGCCGUGCUCGAGGAGAUGGAUAUACCAAAGAGACUGAUGAUGUCACUCUCCCUGCUGAAGAAAGAGUACGAGUUGUCCAAACUGCAGCAGAAGAUCGGCAAGGAAGUGGAGGAGAAGGUGAAACAGCAACAUAGGAAGUAUAUACUGCAGGAACAGCUCAAGGUGAUAAAGAAAGAGCUAGGCCUAGAGAAGGACGACAAGGACGCCAUUGGAGACAAGUUCCGGGAAAGGCUGUCGGACAAGAAGGUUCCUGAGGCGAUACAGACGGUCAUUGAUGAGGAGCUCAACAAGUUGAACUUCUUGGAGAGCCAUAGUUCUGAAUUUAACGUAACCCGCUGCUACCUGGACUGGUUGACCUCUCUACCGUGGGGAGUGACGUCUCAAGAGAACCUCAAGCUGGACGACGCUCAGGUAAUCCUGGAUGAAGACCACUACGGCAUGGAGGACAUCAAGAAAAGGAUCCUCGAGUUCAUAGCCGUCUCGCAGCUCAAGGGCAGUACCCAGGGCAAGAUUCUCUGCUUCCAUGGACCGCCGGGUGUUGGCAAGACUAGUAUAGCGCGUUCGAUCGCGCGCGCUUUGAACCGCAAGUACUACCGGUUCUCCGUGGGCGGGAUGACAGAUGUGGCCGAAAUCAAAGGUCACCGUCGCACCUACGUCGGCGCCAUGCCAGGGAAACUAGUGCAGUGCCUUAAGAAGACUGGCACGGAAAAUCCCCUAGUGCUCAUCGACGAGGUCGACAAGAUUGGCAAAGGCAUGCACGGUGACCCAUCAUCGGCCCUGCUGGAGUUACUCGACCCGGAGCAGAACGCCAACUUCCUGGACCACUACCUGGACGUGCCGGUGGACCUCUCCAAGGUGCUGUUCAUCUGCACCGCCAACGUCGUCGACCAAAUACCAGAGCCGCUGAGGGACAGGAUGGAGCUUAUCGAUAUGUCUGGUUAUGUGGCAGAGGAGAAGCUGGCCAUCGCCCAGGAGUACCUGCUGCCGGCGGCGCGCAAGAGCUGCGGCCUCAACGAGAAGCAGCUGCAGCUCACGGCCGAGUCGCUGCACGCGCUCAUCAAGUCCUACUGCCGCGAGAGCGGCGUCAGGAACCUGCAGAAACACAUCGAGAAGAUCGCGCGUAAGGUGGCGUUCAAGAUAGUGAAGCAGCAAGCGGAGGCGCUGGUGGUGACGGAGGAGAACCUGGCGGAGCUGGUUGGCAAGCCCACAUUCAAGCAUGACCGCAUGUACACCGCCACGCCGCCCGGGGUCGUCAUGGGGCUGGCCUGGACCGCAAUGGGCGGCAGCACGUUAUUCAUAGAAACAGCGCUGCGGAACCACGCUCAGGACGAGAAGUCUCCGUUCGGCUCGCUGGAGCUGACGGGCCACCUGGGCGACGUCAUGAAGGAGUCCGCCAGGAUCGCGCUGACCGUGGCGCGCAACUACCUGCACCACCACUACCCGGACAACUGCUUCCUCAACACCAGCCACAUCCACCUGCACGUGCCGGAGGGCGCCACCCCCAAGGACGGCCCGUCGGCGGGCUGCACCAUCACCACGGCGCUGCUGUCGCUGGCGCUGCAGACGCCCGUGCGGACCAACCUCGCCAUGACGGGCGAGAUCUCGCUCACCGGCCGAGUGCUGCCCGUCGGCGGCAUCAAGGAGAAGAUCAUUGCCGCGAAGCGCGUCGGAGUGGGUUGCGUGAUUCUCCCGGAGGAGAACCGGCGCGACUUCGACGACCUGCCGGCGUUCAUCCGCGAGGGCAUCGACGUGUUCUUCGUCAACGAAUACGAGGACGUGUUCAAAGUCGCCUUCGGACGGGAGGUUUAAACUUCACCUCACUAGUAGAGUAGCUCGUGGUACAGGAAAACAGGCAAUGCCUAAGCCCCAUAUGCCUAAGCUAAAACCCAAACCGCGCCACACUCGACCCGAAUUAUAUCGAGCUUCGACCAAUAGACGCAGCGAACGCUAUCUACAUGGAUAGACGUCGAACGGUUAUUGGUCGAAGCCCUCGAUAUAAGCCCCGCAGACAUUGUAUAUACAUUCAAUAAAAUCGUCUCAAAUUAAGAAAGUACGCGUCGUCUUAUUAACUAUAUUACCGCGUGGUACUUCGCAAUGUGGUCGGGUUAUACUGCUACUCGGAUUGACCGGGAGUACUUGUUUUAAUGUAUUUUAAACUGAAAUGUUUAUACUAUGAUAACAUGCACAAUGUCAUUACUUAUUAGAAAUAUGAUGUUCCAUCCUUCUUAUUUUUGCUUUGAGUUUCUAUUUUUGCAAGUUUUUACCACGCUCUUCCCCGUGUUGCCAGUUGGGCGCCUAAGACCUUGUUCAGAAGGCGUGAUUUACUCGCGUUUUCAUACCACAGAGUAAUUUGAUUACUUUAUAGAUUCUUCCAUGCUUGGAGAUGUGCGCCUGUAUCCGUACGGUGUUAAGUACUCUGUGGUAUGACAACGCGCGUAAAUCGCGUCAUCUGGACAAGGUCUAAUCGCGCACUGAGGUAAAGUACUGUAACGUCGCUAUAUUAACAGUAACUUUGCGUCCCACUUUUUGAGCGUUGAUGUUCAAUCUACGGUAGUAGUCAAUCUAUGGCCUGUUGUUUUAAACCAAAGGUUGAAACCUGUGUUUCUGUACCAUGAUUUUAUCCAGUUAAGUAGAGUAUUUCCCUUUGUAAGUAUUAGAGACUAUGGCUAGUAGAGCCGUGGUAGCGCAGUUGGAAGAACGCGUGACUCGGAUUAUCAUGUCGCAGGUUCGAAUCCACGCAGGGAUACCAAUAAUUUUAGAAUUCGUUUUUGAAUUAACGUUUCGAUUUAUAAACGAUUGCGGUGAAGGAAAACAUCGUGAGGAAACCCACAAUCUCGAGAAAUGCGUUUCGGAGGUAUGUGACCUAACCUAUAAGGGGGGUGGUUUUCCCUCCGCGGAUUUGAAGGUCAGACAGGCAGUCGCUUCUGUAAAAAGCUGGAGCUGUCAAAUCUUCAGAGGUUAGGUAAGCGGACCCUGUAAGAAAUGAAAUAAUGAUGCGACUAUGACUAUGGCUAGUACUUUUCUAGUUAUUGCAAGCGGAUUAUAGCGCCGAGACAAACCCGUGAGAGGUUUAGCGGUGUUAUUUUAAUUGUUUUGUUAAUUUUUCGUUGUAUUCAAUAAUAAUAAAUAAAAAUAACAACGAAUGCGGCCCGACGCGCGGAGUUUUCAAACACAUGGCAUUGUACUAGAGUGUUCUCGCAGAUGCGUUGUCAUGGUUUUAGUAGUCUAUAGUCUCAUGAUACUUACGUAGGUUCCAAAGUAGACGUCGAAUUUAGUGUAAUAGUAGUAAACGCUUGUUAUUAAAAUUUAUUCCUUUCCAACACAAAAAUACACACACUGCCAUUUACAAAAGUAAUUAAUUAAAGCGACAUAAUAUAAAUAUGUACAUACGUUUUUAAAAAGCCGUGUAAAAAAGGUAUUCACGCAUAUA